GGGCGGAGAUCCCUCCCUCUUCUGGCAUAUCUAUCACUCAGGAAAUCGAUCUGACGUUUGCUUUGAAUGAAUCUAAGUACCGAUUGAUUUGAAUGUGAAUUUGCGGUUGGUACUUUGUCUUGCUUUUUUGAUGUAUACUGUAGCUUAUUAUUAUAUCGCUUACUCUAUUCCUUUCAGCGCCCAUUGUAGUCUUUUCUUUCAUUCUGGUUAUGGGAAAUGGUGCAGUACCUUGUAUGUUUUUGUGCUAGUGCCUAUACUCGACUUAAUGUUUGGUAAAGACUACACGAACCCUUCAGAAGAGGACGAAAAAUUUUACAAAUACAAUUUCCAAUAUACACUUCCUCUUUUAUUAUGGCUUCCUUCAGAACUUUUUCUCAUUACAAAGGCUGCUAAAUAUCUCAAUGGUGAUAUUACCUUUGCAUAUUGGUUGUCUAGCACUAUUGCUGUUGGCCUUUGCAGUGGCAUAGGGAUAGCUUGUGCCCAUGAACUUGGUCAUAUUCCGUCCAGGUUGUGCUCUUUUUUUUCUAAAGGUCUGUUGCUGUCAGCUUGCUAUGGAAGCUUUGCAAUCGAGCACAAUUAUGGACAUCAUAAGAACGUAGGUACCGAUAAAGAUCCGACAACUGCCAAGUUGAAUGAGUCGUUCUAUCACUUUUUUUUUCGUUCCAUAUCAGGCGUAGUAACAAAUUCCUGGAAAACUGAGUCAAAGUCGCUAAAACGAAGAGGCUAUUCUGGUAUUUCGCUUUUUCUCAGAAACCAAGUUUUAUUUGACAGUAUAGUAAGCGCUUCCACUGGUUUCUUAUUUUAUUUCCUACUUGGAUGGAAAGCAAUGGUUUUCUAUUUUACUCAGGCCCUUGUUGCUGUCACGCUUUUACAACUUGCCAACUACAUUGAACACUAUGGAUUGAUUCGACAUAAGCUUCCUAAUGGAAGAUAUGAACCAGUUAAUGUUUCUCACUCAUGGGAUGCCCCUUAUAAGUUGACCAACUUGUUGACGUUCAAGUUGCAGAGACAUUCAGAUCAUCAUCAGGAUCCACUGCGUCCAUAUCAUUUAUUAAGGAUGUAUAAGGAAACUCCAAAACUUCCUUAUGCGUACAUUACAAUGAUGGUAAUUGCUCUCUUUCCACCCUAUUAUUUUCGAUUGGUCCAUCCUUUGAUUCCCGCAAAAAUGCAUAGUAAUGCGUAAACAAAGUUGACUGUGCCAUGGGUUGCAUUUGUAAAGUUUCGUGGGAUUUUUCCAGAGGCUAUUCGACACGAAUAAAGACUAUUGUGUUUGA